AUGAAGCCCCGGGAUGCGCUAUACUCUGACGCCCAUCGAGAGGCCGACAUCCACGAUGAUUCCAUGACUGAGGUUAGCGUGUCCCUCAGCGAGGACGGCGGCAAGCAGCAGUGGACGCGUGCGGAUAUCGAGGCUGGGCGGCCGACAACACAACCGCGUCGAUGCACGAGGAUCUGUGGCUUCUUUCGGCGCUGGCGCGGGCUCGUCGAUACCUUGAUGCUCUUCGUCAUCGUCGGCCUCCUCCUUGAGCGAAGGGGAAUUCAGCCAGCGCCCCGCGACAAGCGUCCCGAGCCCGUGGGCGACCUCACAGGCUUCGCGCCAGAGUUCACCCAGCAGAUCACGACGUUCCACCCAACAACCGACUUCGUCCCCGACGACCCGAAGAAGCUCUUCACCAACGCCUCGAUCCAGGAGAAUUGGCUAUCCAUCGUGCCCAGGGGUCUGGGCUACGUCGUCAUGCAAGACCCGGCCGCACACGACAACCUCCCCGUGCCACUGCCCGAGUUCGCGCCGCGUACCGUCUUCACGACGUCCAUGACGCACCAGCUGCACUGCCUGUACGCGAUCCUCGAGAGCUACGCGGGGCUCGCCGUCAACGGCAGCGCCGCCGUCGACAUGCACUCCCACAUCCCCGACGGCACCAAGGGCGCCGAAGGGCCGUGGCACCUGCAGCACUGCUUCGAGUACCUCCGGCAGGCCAUCAUGUGCGCUGGCGAUGUUGCGCUGGAGGGCACGCAGACGACCUUCCCCGAGGGGUUCACCGGCAGUGACGGGUGGGAUGCGAAGCAUGUCUGUAGGGACUACAAGCAGGUCUACGACUACCUUGACAAGAACAGAGCGCUGGAUGACCACUGGAUCUGA